AUGCUGAAGCUUCCGUCCAUCUUCAAGAAAUACUCUGGCCUUGAGGCAGAGGUCUAUUGGAAAGCGUGUCGGAAGUACAACGAGGCGCCGGAGAUAGAUCUGAGCCGCUUCGGAAUCGUAGAGGAGUCGUCAGAGAUGCCGCAGGCCGUACCUUCUCGAGGCUACGCCAAGAAGGCGAGUGCCCCGCCGCCGCGGAAUGGGUCUGACAAGCAGCGCCGCUGCAAUUCAGACAUUCUGUCGAAUUUCGGGGCCGUGAAGGAAAGGCAGUAA